UCAGCGGUUCAGUGCGCAGCGAAAACUGCACGUCCCGUGAUGCACCGUGCGCCGACGAAUUCCGGGGGAGGGAAAUUUCACGUGUGUGCGGCUUCGCUGGUGACUGCGAGGUUUUUCUCUCCUGUUUAAAGCCGGUUACGUGACGACCUCAGCACCUCAAAUCCUCAAAAUAUGACCUCAUCUGGAAGCUCGAUGGACGAUGAGGACACGUUUAAAAUUCUCAUCGCCACUGACAUCCACCUGGGUUAUCUGGAGAAGGACGCUGUCAGGGGCAACGACACAUUCGUGACGUUUGAUGAGAUAAUGAAACAUGCAAAAGAAAAUGAGGUGGAUUUUAUAUUGCUGGGUGGAGAUCUUUUCCAUGACAACAAGCCGUCUCGGAAAGCCAUGCACAGCUGUCUCGAGAUCAUGAGGAAAUACUGUAUGGGCGACAAGCCCAUCCUGUUUGACAUCAUCAGUGACCAGGCAGUCAACUUCGGCAGCAGCAGGUUCCCGUGGGUGAACUACCAGGAUGAAAACCUGAACAUUUCCACCCCUAUUUUCAGCGUGCAUGGAAACCAUGAUGAUCCGACCGGGGCUGAUGGUCUCUGUGCUCUUGACCUGCUGAGCUGUGCUGGUUUGGUGAAUCAUUUUGGCCGCAGCCGUUCGGUGGAGAAGCUGGAGAUCAGUCCGAUUCUUCUGCAGAAAGGAAGCACCAAGAUCGCUCUGUAUGGCAUUGGUUCGAUUCCAGAUGAGAGGCUGUACCGGAUGUUUGUAAACAAGCAGGUGACCAUGCUCCGCCCCCGGGAGGAUGAGGAAAGCUGGUUCAAUAUGUUCGUCAUCCAUCAAAAUAGGAGUAAACAUGGCGCCACUAACUACAUCCCUGAGCAAUUUCUGGAUGAUUUCCUGGACCUGGUUAUUUGGGGACACGAGCACGAAUGUAAAAUAACUCCAGCCAGAAACGAGCAGCAGCUCUUCUACGUCACACAGCCCGGCAGCUCUGUGGUCACUUCGCUGUCUCCGGGAGAAGCUGUCAAAAAACACAUUGGACUGCUACGAGUAAAGGGGAGAAAAAUGAACCUGCAGAAAAUUCCUUUGCAGACGGUCAGACAGUUUCUGAUUGAAGAUGUAACUCUGGCCAACCACACUGACCUCUUCAGCCCAGAGCAGCCCAACGUCAUGCAGAAAGUCCAGGCUUUCUGUCAGCAGAAGGUGGAGGAGAUGUUGGAGGAGGCGGAGAGAGACAGACUGGGGAAUCCACUGAUGCCAGAGAAACCUCUCAUCAGACUACGAGUGGACUAUAGUGGAGGUUUUGAGCCGUUUACUACGAUGCGGUUCAGUCAGAAGUUUGUGGAUCGAGUUGCGAAUCCCAAAGACAUCCUGCAUUUCACCAGACACAGAGAAUCCAAAGACAACGUUAAAGAGGAGGCUAUAGACUUUGAUAUGCUCCUCUCUCGACCAUCUUCGGAGGUUCUACAGUUACGAGUGGAGGAUCUCGUCAAGGAAUACUUCCAGACUGCUGAAAAGAACAUGCAGCUGUCCCUGCUGACGGAGCAGGGCAUGGGCAAAGCCGUGCAGGAGUACGUGGACAAGGAGGAGCGAGACGCUAUAGAGGAGCUCAUCAACUACCAGCUGGAGAAAACACAGCGCUACCUCCAAGAGAGACGAGUGGAGGCCAGUGAGGAGAAGAUCGACGAGGAGAUUCGCCGCUUCCGAGAAUCAAAGAAAAAUACUGCAGAGGAAGAUGAAGAGGUCCAAGAGGCUAUCAGUCGGGCGAAAGCCCACAGAGGCCGAGGCGAUUCUGUCAGAGACGAUGCUGACCUGUCUGAUGAGCUACCUGACAUCACUAUGGAGUCAGAUGAAGAUUCAGCCCCUGCGCCGUCAGGUCGAGGAAGAGGUCGAGGGGCCAGAGGCCGAGGGGGAAGAGGCCAGAGCACUACAGCAAGAGGAAGAGCAAGAGGUGCUGGUUCCCAGUCAGGACGAGGAGGAAGAGGACAGAAAACUUUAUCAAGUCCUGUUAAAACCAAGUCCAUAAUGGAGGCGUUCCAGGCUCCGGCCCCAAGGGCGUCCCGUGGCACUGGCAAAAAAUCUGUGGAGAUCGUCAUAGACGACAGUGACUCAGAAGAUGACUCGUCCUUUGUUCCGUCCAAGACUGUCCAAAGAACCUCCUCCGUCACUUCCAGUAAGAGGAGCUCUCAGAGUCAGAGCCAGUCCUAUAAAGGAGUUUGCUUCGAUGAUGAUGAUGAUGAAGAUGAGUUUGACCCAUUUAAAGGUUCAAGUCGACAGAGCAGAAGAUGACUGGACAAAACUCUCCAAAUCACACUCCUGCCUGACCUCAGUUCUUUAGCUUUCUAUCUUUCACUUCACCUUUAACCUUAGCUCUUAUAGUAGGCGAAUGCCAUGAGCUUCUUCACAAUCACCUCCCAACCAAACCAGCUUUAAAUGUUCAUCGUUUAGUUUUCCAGUUGUGUUUUUUUCUGUAAUUCCUCUUAAAACACAUAUAUGCAAUAGAUCAUAGAGAGAGUUCAAUAAAGUUCAUUAGAAAUUCAGUAAAAGUAUUAAUUGUUCAAUCAUUUCUGAAAUAGUUAUUCUCAGACAUUGAUUAUGGACCCAUCAGCACUACUGUGAUAAUGUAGGCAGUGCGGCUCCCAUAAUGCCCUGGUGUGCUCUGCUUGGUCAGUAAUGUGCAGGAAUCACACUCUGAGCUCUCAGUAAACUUUUUCAAAUUUCA